AUGGCCCCCCCAUUAAUCCCCUCGGCCGAGAUACGCCUGGAAUACCCGCUGUACUCGCUUGACUUCGACCCUCAAGAUGCAAACCGGAUCGUGGUUGGCGGCGGCGGCGGCCCGGGAAGGAGCGGCGUGUCCAACAAGAUCACCGUCCUCGACGCCUCGCACCAGGACGCCCUGCAGAUCGUGUCAGACCUCAACCUGAGCCGCGACGAGGACAGCGUCACUACCCUCGCCGUCGGCCCGCGCAGGCGCAACUCCAUCCUGGUCUUCACCGGCAUCAACUCGAGCCCCGCCGACAUGGAAAAGGGCAGGAACGAGCACUUCCGCGUCUUCGCCAUCGACCCGCCCUCAAAGACGAAAUCCGUCGCCGAGGCUAAGAUCGCCGAGCUCUCCCGCGCCUCGCUGUUCACCUCCAAGGGCGCCGACACGUACCAGCGCCUGCUGAGGAUAUCGCCGCCGUUUCCCGGGUCCGCCCAGAUCGGCACCGCCGCCACCGGCCUCGCUAAGGAUGCGCAGAUUGUCCUGUUCGACGUGCCCGCCACGGGCGUCGCCGCGUCUAAGCCGAGGGGCACGCUGGAGCUCGCGAAAGAGGCCAUGGAUCUCGACCUGAUACAGACGGGCGACGACGAGUGGCAGCUGCUGUACUGCGACGAGGUCGACAUCUACACGGUGAACAUCAAGAAGGGCGUCACGGGCGCCCCGCGCUGCGUCUUCAGCAUGCCGCUCGACGAGGCGAUGGGCAUGAAGGUCCGCCCCACAUUCAGGUCUAUACGCUAUCUGACGCCGGAAUUCGUGCUGGCGGCUGCGAACUUGCCGAAGACGGGCGGCGUGGUCCUGCAAGGCUUUCGUCUGCCCAAGCCCGAGCUGGGCGUCGACGGGAAGGCCAGGCUGGCAGUCUCGGCGAAGCUGCACAAGAGUGUCACCCGCGCCACGGGCCUCGCGGUCCGGAACCUGGCGCCCCCAAGCACGCCGUCGGCCAGGCAAGGCGACGCGCAGUUCGUCGUCGCCGUGACGGGCCAGGACAGCUCCAUCACGCUGUACACGCUCGAGCACCAGGCCGUCGGCGACAUCAGCCUGGUGGUCAACCUCUACCCCGUGACGACGCUCAAGUCGGUGCACCCGGGCCCCAUCUCGGGCCUGGCCUUCUCACACUUCGCGCCGCCCAAGACGGCCACGAUGCGCGUGCACCACGUCAAGCUGGCGUCCAUCGGGUCCAUGGGCAACACGUGCGUCGUGCACUCGGUGCCGCUGCGCAGGCUCGUCGACAAGUCGGCCCCCGCCCGCCACGCCGGCCCGCCGCGCCAGCCCCGCUACGUCGUGGCGCUCAAGAGCUACGGGCCCUCGGCCACGGGCUUCCUGAUUGGCAUCGCCGUCUUCGCCGUCGUCUUCUCCCUGUUCAUCCAGGGCCUCCUCGAGAUCAAGGGUCUGUCCCGCCCCGUCGUCGGCGCCCACCGCGUCACCCCCGCCAGCUGGCACGCCGACUGGAAGAAGGGGCCCCGGGAAGCCGCCGCCGCGGUGACCACCCCAAACUUCCUGGCCGAGUACCUGGGCGCGAACCAGCUCGCGGCCGGCGACAGGGUGGUGGUGCUGCAGGCGGACGACGGCGAGGCUGGCGCCGGUGCCGUCAAGGUCGACACGCACGACAGCGAGCAGCAUGGCCCCGCGCACGAGUGGGACGCGCUCCCGCCCGCGCAGCAGCAGGCGUGGAAGAAGGCGCUGCAAAAGGCCGGCCACUGGGGCGAGCAGACAGGCGACGCCAUCUUCAAGGGCAUCCUGUUUGGCGAGAUUGCCGGUGCCGUCGGCCACAUGGUGGCUGGCUAG